AUGACGGCCUCGUCCGAGCCAGAGCUCCCGCAGCCCGUGUCGGCCUACACCCACCGCAAGCACCGUCCAGCUCGCAGCGUGCUCGGACUCGGCACCAGUCACUCGACGCACUCGGCGCCUGGCUCGUCCACCCUCGCCCUCCUCACCCAGCGCGCGCGCACCACCAACCUCGCCGUCCUCCUUCUUGCCGCCGUUGCGUCCGUCUCUGUCCUCGUGAACAUCCGCGUUUGGCUCGGCAACGACGUCUUUCGACCACCAGGCGACUACAACGAGCUCGUGCCGCCGUCUAUCCGCACGACCCUCCAGUCGCCGCACCACAACCUCAAGCAUCUUGUCCUUGUCGCAGGGCACGCCAUCUGGCAAGGGUGUGACGCGAGCGAGGCGACCAAGGACGACGACUGGAUCCUCGAGGAGAUGCAGCGAGGCGGCGCCGUGCGCACCUACCUCAAGCACAUCGUCAAAGGAGCCGAGAUUGCCGUCCGAGAUCCUGAAGCGCUCCUCAUCUUCUCCGGCGGCCAGACUCGACCAACGUCCGACCUGACCGAGGGCCAGUCGUACGCCCGCCUCGCCAAGCUCGGCAACCUGUACCAGCAGUUCAUGAGCGACGACGAACGCCGCUCGAUCGUCAGUGCGGGAGGCGACUUUGACCGGGUCACGACCGAGAACUUUGCGCUCGACUCGAUGGAGAAUGUCCUCUUCUCGAUUGCGCGCUUCAAGGAGUUCACCGGCCACUACCCGACUUUCAUCACGGUCGUUGGGUACGGCAUGAAGCACCGCCGAUUCACCGACGUGCACCGCGCCGCCGUACGGUGGCCGCUCAGCGCGUGGAAGUACGUCGGCAUCGACAACGAGGGCGACACGGCGGGCGACUAUGCGGGCGAGCGCAAGUACGGCCUCGAGCCGUUCCUCGCCGACACGUACGGGUGUCACGGUGGCCUCCUCGCCAAACGGAGGAAGCGCAACCCGUACCGGCGCGUGCAUGGCUAUCACUCGUCCGCGCCCGAGCUGAGACGCCUGAUGGAGUACUGCCCGGCGAGCGGCACGGCGCUGUUCAAGGGCGCGCUGCCGUGGGACUAGCGCGAGCGCGAGCGGCGGCGGGCCGAGGACGAGGUCAAGGCGGCGGCGGGAGCGUGAGCGAGGGCCGCACCGCCGCAUGUACGUCGUGGGCUGUUUCCUUAUCGUCAUGGUCGUCCCGAGGUAGAGCAGGAGUGCAUUCACUAGACGUCGUUUCAGC